AUGCCGCACAACACUGAAAGCGUUUUCAACGUCCGCAACGCGGUAACCACCACCGCAAUCCCCGGCCAAGGUCGAAAGAUCAGCUACCGGGGCUACAUGAUCCAUGGAGAGAUUCCAUCAAUCAGUUACGUCGUGUAUGGUUGGAACAAAACUGGGCAGCUCUCCGAAUUGGGCGUCGCCCGGAGUUUCCCGGAAUCCAUGCAAUGGGUGGACGGUCACAUCGAGCAGCUGCGGCGUCGGCAACCGAUCCUGCCUGAUGUGGCGCGGGAUGCUGGCGGCGAUGACGUUUGGCUUGACGCGGCCUGA